UCGGAUUUUCUGAAAAGCCUUCAGCUCAGCUGCAUAAAAUUUAUUUGGUUUUUUUCUAGGUUUUUUUUUCAUUUAAUUCAAUAACAGGAUUGCUUUAAAAACACGUUUGUAUUGACAAUUGAGUAUUGAUUUAUAAUGUCUAUCAUUAUUCGUUUACAAAAUUUACCAUGGGAGGCUAAUUCACUGGAUAUUCGUCGAUAUUUUCAAGGAUUAUCUAUUCCUGAUGGUGGUGUUCAUAUUGUUGGAGGUGAUAAGGGUGAUGCAUUUAUUGCCUUUUCUAGUGAUGAAGAUGCUCGGCAAGCCAUGGAAAGAGAUGGUGGUUUAAUUAAAGAUUCAAGAGUCAAAUUAUAUCUUAGUAGCCGCAAUGAGAUGCAAAAAGUUAUUGAACAGGCUCGUAAUCAAACUUUGGGAAUAAAAGGUAAUGACCCAGGCCAAACUGCUGGUGGGCCUGUUCAUCCUCAUGUUACUCCUCAUCAUCAUGGUUUACAGACAAACCAACCGCCACCAUCAGUUAUUAAUGACCCUCGUAAUCACCACCAAGCUGAACAAUUAGGACCUCCUGGAUUGGUAAAUUACCCUAUACCGGGUGUUAAUAGCUCACCUGGUAAUUAUUCUAGUGGUGGACCAGGACAACCUAAUAUCGGUCCUGGCCAUCCUCAUGCCCCUCAACAUCAUCAUGGCUUACCACCAAAUCAACCUCCACCCGCACCACUUCACCCUUCUAAUCAUCAUGGAUCAGAACCAGUAGGACACCCCGGAAUGGGGAAUUAUCCCAUGGCGGGUGUAGGUAAUUUACCCGGUAGUUACCAAGAAGCCGAUUUUCGGCGUCGAUCAAGUGAACGAGACAUUACUCGUGGAAUAGGGGAUAGGUCAAUAGGCUAUAGGAUAGGUAAUAGGAGUAGAAGUAGAUCUCCUCAUUAUAACUCUCCUCCACCGAUCGGUGGCAAUGGUUCAACUGGUCGACCUCCGGCAAGUUAUCAGCCUCCUCAUGAUGUUUUACCUCCUCCAAGAGACUAUGUUGUCUACAUGAAAGGCAUACCUUACAAUAGCUGUACAGAGCGUGAUGUUGCUGAUUUUUUUACCGGCUUGAAUUUUGUUGACAUGGUUUUUGAAAUUGACGGGCGAACCGGUAAACCAGCGGGAAAUGCUUUCGUUGAGUUUGCCACCAAUGAAGAUUUCAAUGCGGCUUUGGAUAUGAAUAUGAAACAUAUGGGUCGAAGAUAUAUUGAAGUUUUUCCUACUACGAAAGAAGACAUGAAUGAUGCUCGAAUGGCUCACGGCGGACUUAAUGAUCGAGGCAUACCACCUCCACCUAGAGGUGGCUCAGGCGGCUUAACCUAUUGUGUGUCAGUUACAAAUCUUCCUCCUACAGUAACUAAUCGCGACUUGACUAAUUACUUCAGUGAAAUUGGUGCUCAGCCUUUUGCAAUUCAUAUUAUGCUAAAGGCUAAUGGCUUUAAUGCAGGUGAAGCUUUUGUCGAAUUCUCGACUUCAGAACAACAGAUGAAAGCAAUAAGAAAAGAUGGUAGUUUUAUGGGUGCUCAGAGAAUAUCUGUGCGUUCAGUGCCACAUGAUCUGAUGAGAAGAGUAGUCGGUAUUCCACCUCCUGGUGGCCCAGCCGGACCAGCCGGGCCAGGUGGUCCUAGUGGACCUGGUGGACCUGGUGGACCUGGCAAUCAUGGUCCUCCUCCACCUGGUCCUCCUUCAAUGAAUAACGGAGGCAUGGAUAUGAGACAUGGUGGACCAAUGUUUCCACCCCAUGGAGAAAUGAGUGGUGAUCCUAGGAAAAUGAGAAGAGGAGGACGAGAAGAUUUCCGUGGCCGUCGAGAGAAGGAAGGACGUCGAGGCGGGGACGGAGCGCACGCAGGUGGACCCAUAGGAGGAGGAAACUACACCAGCUUUAAUGAUCCUCGGUGUGUUGUCAUUGCUUCGAAUAUACCUUACAAGGCCACCAAUGAGGAUAUUUGUGUCUUUUUUGCAGACUUCGAUAUUAAACACGACAGAAUUGUUAGACGGUUAAAUGACAAGGGCCAGGCCACUUCGGACUGUAGCGUUGAAUUCAGGACUCCUGAGGAUGCAGCUAGAGCUGUUAGAACGAUGCACAAAAAAUUUUUGAUUGGAAGACCUGUUUUCUUGCGACUUGCUUCCUGAUAAUCUCUAUCACCUGCAUAAAGUCAUAAAACUUCUUCUACUAUUGGUCAUACAAAAACACAUCUCUUGGUUGAUUUGAACUUUCCUUGGUCAUUCUUCCUCUCUUCUCUCUGCCAAUCACCACAAAAAGUUGCUACGCCAAGAUCUUUGUCAAUUUUCAUAACCCAUUUUCACCAUGAUUCUCAUUUACCAUCUUCCCAUUUGUCAUAAUCACAAGCCACCGCAUUAUUUGCAUUCACAUCAUCAAUAUCAUCACUCAACACAACUCAGCUAUAAAGAGUUUUUUUUCAAAUUGAUCCAAAGCAAAAGAACCUAUUCUUUCAUUAUUUUUACCCUAUCUCUAGAUAAAUCCUUGGAUUAUAAAAUUUCAUUGCAUGGCUUGAAAAUAUUUGAAAUUAUUCCUAAUCAGGCCAUGAUUUAAUCAACUUAAAUUCCAAUUUAAAAAUCUUCUCGAUUCCCUCCUCCUUGAGUGUAAAGAUUGGAAAAAAAUGUAAAUUCUUGUAAGUUUUUUUAUGUCAACAUGUUUUGAGCUUUAUUUCUUGCUUUCUCUUCCUUCGAAAAUUCUGUUAAUAUUACUGACUAAUUUAAACAAAAAAACUUAUUGGGUGCACAUAAAAGUCAUCAAUACAAUUAAUAUUGUCAUCUUAAUAUCUAGUUAAACUACAUUCUAAACCAAUUCCUAAAUCAUUUUAUUUAUACUUUUUCUUGUUUCAACCAUCAAAACCAUUGUAGCCUGCUUAUCUUUUUGAAUCAAUAUUGACUUAU